AUGUCCACCGCCGUAAUCGACGUCGACGACGUGAUGGAGCCCUCCCUCCAAUCCAUCCUCGACCAAAAAUCCCUCCGGUGGAUCUUCGUCGGCGGCAAAGGCGGCGUCGGAAAGACCACGACCUCCUCCUCGCUCGCCAUCCAGCUCGCCAAAGUCCGCCGCUCCGUCCUCCUCAUCUCUACCGAUCCCGCGCACAACCUGUCCGACGCCUUUGGCCAGAAGUUCGGCAAGGAGGCGCGGCCUAUCAAUGGCUUCGAGAACCUGAGCGCCAUGGAGAUCGACCCUAACGGGAGCAUGCAGGAUCUUCUUGCGGGUCAGCUUGAUGAGGGGGAUGAUGCUAUGGGUGGGCUUGGAGGUGUUGUGCAAGAUAUGGCUGCGGCGAUCCCCGGUAUCGACGAAGCCAUGUCCUUCGCGGAAGUUAUCAAACAAGUCAAGAGCCUCCACUACGACGUAAUCGUCUUCGACACCGCACCCACAGGCCACACACUCCGCUUCCUCCAAUUCCCCACCGUGCUAGAAAAAGCCCUCGCAAAAGUCACCCAGCUCUCCUCGCAAUUCGGGCCCCUUCUAAAUGGCAUCCUCGGCCCCGGCGGCCAACUCCCCAACGGCCAGAAUCUCAACGACACCAUCGAGAAGCUUGAGGGCCUCCGCGCCACCAUCAGCGAGGUGAACAACCAGUUCAAGGACGUCGCACUCACCACUUUCGUGUGCGUGUGCAUUCCCGAGUUCCUCUCGCUGUACGAGACGGAGCGCAUGAUUCAGGAGCUGGGGAACUAUGGGAUUGACACCCACUCCAUCGUCGUGAACCAGCUGCUCUUCCCCAGGAAGGGAAGCAAUUGUGAGCAGUGUAAUGCUAGGAGGAAGAUGCAGAAGAAGUAUCUUGAGCAGAUUGAGGAGUUGUAUGAGGAUUUCAAUGUUGUGAAGAUGCCAUUACUUGUGGAGGAGGUUCGUGGUAAGGAGAAGUUGGAGAAGUUUAGUGAGAUGCUAGUACACCCUUAUGUUCCCCCGGAUCUAGAUGAGUAG